UAGGCCUCUUUUUCCUGAUUAUAUGAGUGCCUGUAUAGUUUGAAUAUGGCGCCGGUUAAGACGGAUUAAUGAUAGCAGACGACGGCGUUCGUGUUGUACAAACUCGACGAGCGUGGAUGUUAGCCACAUGGAUCCUGGCACACCUACGUCACCGUGGGUGAGCAUCCCUGCAAGGCUUGCUCUAGCCCCGUAGCACAGGUCAGCCGUUCGCGGUAUUUGCUCCGUGGUUUUAUCUCGCAACCGGCACGAGCAGAACGAUGGGAACGAUGGCAGCAACAAGCCCACGAUGGGAGCGGCAGGGCGCGGUGGGAGCAGAACAAUCUGGAAGCCAGCCAUCGGGAGUCUAAAUAAAGUUGACCAGCAGCAUGUCCUUGCUGGCGGGAGGGAGGUAGCGUUAAGAGAUCCGACGAGCGUAAGGGCUGGAGCGCCAACCCAGAGCAGCAAGAUUCAGGGCCAGAGGCUGCAUCUCCAAUCCCACCACCUAAAAUAUCCCCCGCCACUUUCUCCGCCCAGGCUAGGCCAAUUCAAACCGCUCGUCCGUCCGCUGCUGGCGAGCCCACAGAGCCAAAAAGCGAGGCGAUCUCACGAUCUUCCCCCGCAUGAGCCUCCACGUGGAUGUGAUGUGCAGAUGGCGAGACGCCGGGCUUUUGCGUUUCCAGAAACAGAGCAAAUUGCUCCCACAGCCAAGCUUUCCCAAAGUCUUUGCGCGUCGUCGCCGAGCGAUUUUCCGCGGCUCCCUCAGGCCAUCUGCUAGCAACAUCAGCACGAGCAUAACGAGUGGCGCCCACAGAUACCCUUGCAGCAGGCCAUAACCCACCGAACCCCAUGUGGAUGCAGGCAGAUGGUCGUGUUAGCACCGGCGUGGAUCCAGUUCAGCCUACAUGAUGCUGCAAGCGUGCGAUUCAGGCCAGGCUGAUAGG